AUGUCGGCCCAACUCAUCAUCUGGACUUCAAAGCUCACGAUCGAAGCAACACUGAUGAAGAUUCGCAACGUCAGCAUGUCCGAUCGAAACGGAUCGGAUCGGAAUGGAAUUGCGAGUUCCUUCCACAUCAGCCUGGACGCGACCGAGGUGGAAUAUCCUAUUUUCGAAUGCCAGGAUCUGCAAAUGAUAGUGAUUUCGAGGUCGAAGAUGUCGGUGCAGAAUUUCUCGUCCAAUGUCCCUGGUUGCGUGUCCUUUGUGGGAGAGACGGUGUCCAUCGCGGGCACAGAAUUUCGACCCCCGAAUGGAUUCUUCGGGGUGAUUGCCACGAUCGCGGUCACGAUUUCCCGUUUAAACAAGACUGGAUCUGGUGGGAUCUUGAGGAAAAGGGAAGGGGAGGACCCAGAAACCCUCUCGAUCCAGGACUGUGACCUCCUCUACAUUACAACAGACUUCUUCACUCCACCAUGGACCAUCAAAAGCCUCUCUCUUUCGGACAUAGCAACUCUGCAUUUGGACAAGGGAACUCACGAUCUGAGCAACACUACGAUCGCGAUUCAAAACGUCAGUUUCUCCGAUCGAAACAAGUCAGAGCUCCGGGUUGGUCAUCACGCCCAUAUCAAGGCGGAUCGGAUCCAGAUAGAACGCAUGGAUUUGCAAAAUCCAUUCCACCUCAGAUUGGAAGCGAACGAGGCGGAGAUAUUCCAACUCAAAUUUUCAGGACCGGCGACCCUUGAUGGUCUCAUCGUUCAAGCGGAUCGACUGUCGGUGCAGAAUUUCUCUUUCGGCACCCCCGCAGCCGUGACUUUCCACGGAAAGAAAGUGUCCAUCUUGGACGUAGAAUUCCGAUCCGUCGAUGGAUACCUCGAGGUUCACGGCGAUUCAGUCACGAUCUCCCGUCUGAACAAAUCUAGAGACAGUGGGGAAUUAAUAGUCACAGCCAACGUCCAAGCCACCAUUACAGAGAGCCGAAUUUCGCGCCCCGACAACCUCCUCUUCACGAGCAUCAAUCGACUGGAGUUCAUAAACAACACCUUGGAGUUCUGUGACAGUGCCAUGGCAAGAGAGGUUUCCUGCCUGGAGAACACUUGGGCUCCCAACUGCAUUUGCCCCGAAAAUGCCCUCGCCUCCAUCAAUCCUGUGCCGCUCGGAAUGGCAACACCACCUGGCAGUCGUGUCGGGAACCAUAUCCGAGACUUUCGACACAAAGGCUGCAAUGCGCAUCCUCCUGCGGCAUUCGUCAGUUUCCCUUUUGGCCGCCAUGGCGCCCAGGCGAAAGAGAAGCACAUCCGACGAAUUAAGAAGAAUAAUUAG